GGUGUUUCUACAACCAUGAACACGGACGUCUGGUUUGCUGUCCUCGCCUCCUGCUUCGCCUUCGUCAGCGCCGCCGCCGCCCCGGGUGAGACUAGUCGGGCUUGGUCAUUGGCCGUUGGGCGAGACCCCACAUCUUGGGUGACCCAGGCCGAUGACGACGAGACUCCGCGAAGGCAAAUCACAGCUGAGUUAUUCCUGAACAAUGGCCUGGACUGGGGCUUGUGGGGCGACGCUGAUUUCUGCCCUGAAGGAAGCUUUGCUCAUGCCUUUGAAGUGAAGCUCGAGCUCUACAGUGCUACAGAUAACACGGCUGUCAACGCUGUCAAGCUCUACUGCAGCACUCCGGCCGAGCAUGACACCGGCUAUGCCAUGUCAACGGAAGGACGAUAUGGAGACUGGAUGGGCAUGCGCAUCUGCGAGACCGGCCACCUGACGGCCAUGCGCGCCAACGUUCUUCAGUCUCAAGGCGUUCUGAACGACGACGUGGCUGUGGAAAAUGUGGAGAUGGAGUGUAACUUCGGAGAUGAGAUCCUCGCCGGGGUGGAGG